AUGUCAUCCUUCUCCUUGGGCCUGACCGUGGUCUUAGCCUGCAUGGCAAUGGUGGUUACCAAAUACUGCUAUUUUUGUGACAUUAGCAAUUUGGGUAGCUGUGUGAGCACUACUAUUCUCUGCGGGGAAGAAGAGGAGUGUUACUUUGGACAAGGUUCAGCCUCGGGCCUUGGUCACAUCACCAACAGAGGAUGUGUGGAAGGGUUGUACUGCGGUAGGGAACAGUCUAUCACUUACAUGGAGACUACCUACAGUUUCAUCACCCAGUGCUGCGAAGGGAAUCUGUGUAACGAUGGCCCUCCUGGACCAAAGCAAGUCUCCCCAAGCCUCCCCAUCAUCAUCGCAGGGCUGAGCGUAACCCUGCUUUUGGCCUGA